AUGAGCAAGAAGCGAUCGGAAGAGAAUGAAAGGACACCUACUAGCGAUGGCCUCCAACCUAUUAGAAGAAAUUAUAUAAAUGGUCGCCUGAGUCGCCUUCGUUGCCAGGUUUGGGACACGCAGUCCGCCUUAGUGAUCUCUUGGGAUCAUCCAGCAGCCCUGGAGCCCUACAAACAGGUCUGGGGCUGGUCGGUGGCGAUCUGUGACAUGGAUCAUGACAUUUGGUUCAUUGUUGAUGGCGCCACCUUCGUAGCCAGAUCCUUGACCUUGGAGGGCUCAGACGUGGCUGUCGCCAAGCCCGAGCUGUGUACCAUCUAUGUGUCGGAUGGCCUCUCGCAUGCGCGGCCGUAUGCAGCUUGCAUUGCGAUGCUGACCGACCAGGGAUGGUCAGCCUUCUCAGAACUCUCCAGGUCUGUGUCCAUUGCGCCCUCCGCCAAAGUCAGCGAUGCGGUGCUGGGAUUGGACCCAGAGGAUGAUGAUUGGAAGCAACGCCCACGGUUUGCAUGCCCACGAAAGAUGGUGCCUGGUGCCUCCGUACCUGUCACGCUCCGUCCUGGGCCUCGCGACUUGCUGAGUAACGAACGAUGGCUCCGCAUGGACGUGUGCGUAGAAGGCCAUGAUGGAUUGGUUUUGGUGCCCGCGGACUCAUCCAUGAGACUCCUGCAAGUUGAGAAGAUCAUCCCUGGCUCCUCUGCGGAUCUGUGGAAUCAGAAGCAGGAGACCUUUGAGUUGCACGGCUAUCAGACGAGCUUCUCCGUACAACCGGGCGACGUCAUCAACAAGAUCAACGGCUUCUCUGGAGCUCAGGCUAUGCUGUAUGAGGUGCGUCGAAAGCCUCAGAAGUUGGGAAACUCAGAAGUUGCGUUGAGACGG